CGCCGCCGCACAGUGUACCAUUGACUCUUAAGUUGUUAGUGCGCACCUAUCUCAUCGUCCCGAGUGUGAUUUAAAUUGCGCCAGUUUAUCAACUCCGGUAAGCAGAAGUUCAUUGCCAAGAAGAUUGUGGAGGUGAGCCUCUUCUCCUUUGGUUCCAUCAGUGACAUCAGUGUUAAUAAAAGAUGUCUACCCAAGUUACUGUUCAUAGGAUGGUGACCACUACCACCACAUCAGCUUUCCUCGUCAAUAUAGGAUAUCUCAAGACCUUCCCAGGCAUUCUUAAGAUAUUCCAGAUCAUUCUUGGAUGUGUAGCAGUUGGCAUCACUGGACACUACAUUCAUUGGACAUCAAGGUCGGAGUACGUGGUGCCAGAGCUGUUCUUCCUACUGAUAGCAACGGCUUGCCUCAUUACCACAUCACUGCUGCUCUUCUCAUGUCUCUGUUCUAUUGCUACAUCUUCCAUCAUGCCAAAGACUCUAUUUGAGACGAUGUAUCACAUAGUGGCAUCCUUGCUUUACUUCGCCAGUGCCCUUUACCUCCUCAUUCACCUGACCAACAAAACUUACCGGGACAACCAGUAUGUAGCUAAAACAGCUGCCAGCGUUGUGCUGUUACAUGGUACACUGUCCUACCUUCUAGUGUGUUCUUCUAUUAACCUACUGAGAGAGGUGGUGGCCAGGAACGAAGGAUAUAAAAUUUACGAAAGAGGCUACAACUCAAAAAUAUUUUCAGGGGCUCUGGGAUUGGUGAACUGUGCUCUCUAUGUCCUCUCCAGCAUCUACUCUGUGAGGACCUUCCGGCGAGGCUAACCAUCAGUUGGGUCAUCACACAAGUCAAAAAGUGAAUAUAAAUUGAAAGAAGUUCUGCCAAGCUGUAUUUUAAAUUGAAGGAAGUUUUGCAAACAUUGAUUUUAAAUUGGAGGAAGUUUUGUUAAGGAACAUCAUGUUUGAAUAUUAUGCAUAGGAUAUAUAUCAAGCUUUAACUUAGAGCAAUACUUUUAACCAAACUGAACUUCCUUUGGAAAUUUUUUUAUUGUGAUGUUAGUGGAAUUUCUCUGCCCAAAUUAAUUUAACAAUAUGGUCUUCUUAUGGAAAAAGUUUCUGAGGUCUUACAAUGAUCCUCUUUCAAUAAACAUACAGUGGGGUCUCAUUCUACAUGGGUCUCAUGAGUGCAUUAUGUAUUUGUCAUUUAAGCAAUUGUUUGAAAUGUGGCCAUAGUUAUAGCUUACGCGGGAAGCCAUGGGUAGCAGUCUAGCAUUAAUUUAGAAAUAUUUGCUUAUUUAGGUUAAUUCAACCAAAAAGGAGCUCUGGAUCACUUGAAUUACCGAAAAAUCUGGUGCUUGAGAGAUGGUGAGUGCUGGCAACAUUGUUAGGGAGAGCAGGAACCAUCAUCUGAUAUCACUUUGUACUGUAAACAAGAGACUGCAGUAGCUCAUCUGGGAUUGAGUGUUUAAUUUUUGGGUAAAAUUAUUUAUUUUUUGAUAAUGUUAUUAACAUGGCACCAAAUGAACUUAAAUAAUAUGGGAAUUAUGGUGAAAUUGCAUGCUGUCAUUAUAAAGGGCUCUCCCUCCCUCCUCUGCCACCCCUCACUGAAACAAUUAUGGAGGGUAUAGAUAGGAGGUGGAGGAGAGUGAUAGAGGCAGGAGGGAGUGAGGGUUGAUAUUGUCAGCCCUCCCACAGGGGUUGCUUGUCCUUUCCCCCUUGUAACCAAGUGCAUGUGCCUGGCUGUAGCUUCAGUCAGCCUAUUAUGGUGUAUGUUUCUUCAUAAAUAAUUUAACAUACAGUAUUAAAUAAUAGAACAAAAUACAAUAUAUAAUUUGACUUCAAAAUAAAACGACAAGCAAAUCAGUACCAGAGCAGACUGAUGAAGGCAUGACUCAGCAGCAGGUGAUGCAAGUUCUCAGCAAUGUUGAAGAACUCAAGGAUGCUUUAAUGAGUGCUGAACCCAGCCUGCAAUACAGUAACAAACUCAGUGCACAGUUAGACAAUUUGGUGGAACCCUACAGGCAAUGUUACCAGGAGUUUAAACACCACCAUCAAGCUCUCAAGGCCACCUAUUUACACCUUAACAAUUCAAGGAGAAUCCAGUGCUCUGGAGAACGGUGAUGAAGUUGAAGUCGCUUUACAAGUGUCUGCAGUUGAUUUUGAAUGCUUUGAAUCCAACUCGCCUUCAACCCCUGCCUUGGACACCCAUUAUCUCCCAGAGCUUCUCACACCUUCACUAUUUGAUGGAGACGGUGGACGAUCACAUACUUAACUUCCUGGGCUUUCUUCAAAUAUUUAUUUAAUAAUGUAGAUGCAGUUUAUGUGACAUUAUGUGUCAUUUUUGGAAGGUUAAGUUAGUUACACAAAGUUGUGCUAGAGUAAAGGUCUGGCAAGUCCAGUACAGUACAAUACAGUAUAGGGAUUUUAGCACAUGUUAAAGGACAUUGCUUGUGCUGAUUUCCUAUGCGUGGAUGUGUACCAAUAUGAUAUACCCAUGCAGAAUGAGACCCCAUUGUAUUCACAUUUCAUUUGCAUUUUGGUAUUGUACUGUAGUGUAAGAUAAGGCCACAAAUCUUUAUUUUUCAUUUUUCAGUCUUUCAUAAAAAAUUUAAUAAUUUUAAGUGUUUUAUAGCAUUUACAUUAUGUAUUCUCACAGCACAUUAGCUUAUUAAAUCUUAUAUUCUUAAACUUGCAAGCCCUUCCCACUGUGACACAGGGUGGCUGGCAUAAGGACCAGUGCUGCCUGUUCAUUCAGUGUCAUAUUUUUUCACUGCCUUACCAGAUGUGUUCUGUUGUAAAAGUAAACUUUUUAAGUCUCAGAAUUUAAGCUUAAUUAAAACCAUUAAUAAUUUGAAAAAACAGUUGAUGCAUUUGACGAAACUGCAGAAAAACACUUUUCUCGACAACUGUGUCAGUGGUUAUAUUGUCUACUGCUUGUAGAUUACUUGUUUUUAUAUUGCGAUACUGUACUGUCAGUACAUUCAUAAUAAAAUUAUUAUUAUUUAGCUCUUAAUAGAAAUUACCCUUUAUUAAGUCUUACAAAAUGAACUUUAUUUAUUGAUACUUUUAUUAGAACAGUACAGUAAAUCAAUAUGUUAAAAGUUCCUUCUGCAAAAAUUUUGUGGAAAGACAAAAUAUAAUGACAAAUUUACAGUUUUGGGAGAGUGCUUGUCCGUGGAAGAUGAGAUGCGUAGUUUAGAGUUGAGAUGAGGUACACAGUAAUUUAGACUCUGAAACUUUCCCCAGCAACCAGAAACAUUCUGGAGAUGUGCGUCACACAUUGUGCAAUAGUGUCUGUCAGUGUGAGACACUUGAUUUAGACUCUUGGAAACUUUUCCCAGUACUGUAAUCGAAAAACUCAAGGGAUGUGAGAUUUUUUUCAUUACCUGGAAAUCUCUCAUCCCCAAAAAAGCUCUGCACCAAUUGUUCUGGCGAAUGGGGAUAGUACUGUACUUUACAACAAACUUCCAUUUUUACAAAUUAGUAACAGUGUUCAGUACAUAUAUAUGUGAUGUCUGACACCAAAAUGCAAAAUACGCCAUUGUAAAUAACCAUAGGAUAGUAUAUUUUCACAAAACAUAAAUAGCAGUAUCUUUCCUAUUUUGUGGAUCAUAAAUGAGAAGUACCGGGUACAGUAAAACCCCCAUAAUUCGAAGUAGGCGAAAAAACACACACACAAAUAAAUAAUGGAUCUUUACCUUACCUGCCCCAAUCAAAAUUUAAACGUUUCUAAGUUUGUACAGUACCAACUUUAGGUGCUUGGUCCAGGGCUAUCAGACAUAAUGGCUAAAAUAAUGGCUAAUUAUGGAAAAACAAGUGGGAUAAAGCUUUCGCGGUGGACUGUCGAUAUACACCACGACUAACCAACAUGAAUUGACCGUGACCAAACCAACACGCGUGACACGUAUUGUACUUGUUUACACUGAGGUGGGCAGUCGCAUCCUAUGGCAAUGUGUGUAUCAUAUAAAUUCGUAAAUGUCUCAUUUUGAAAUUUUACCAAUUACAUAAUACAAAAUUCGUAAUAUAUAUUUCAUAACGGCAAAACAUUACGAAUUAUGAAUGAUUUCGAUUUGGGGGCAAACGAAUUAUGGGGUUUUACUGUAUUCAAAAAUUUUGUAAAAUGGUAUAUACAAGUACUUUAUUGCAUUUUGAAAUUGAACUUGUUUACUCAAGUUAGACUACAAAUGUUUAUGUUAUACUUGUCACUGAAAGUAUUUAUAUUUUUCUUAAAGAUUAUUAAGAUAUUAAUGUACAGUACACUAUUUAUGUAAUAAGACAAUUUCUGGCUCUCUUCUUUAUGGUCUUUGGUGUCGGAUCAUAAGUAUAUGGUAGUCUGUUCUCUCAAAGCUUGCAACUGAGACCUAGGGUCAGUUUGUAGUAAGACACCUGAUUGGUUGGUGGACGGACAACUGAAGAAUCUCUACAGUUCUUCAGUACUGUGCUGCUGUAUUUACCAUAAUCUAUUAUAUAUACAUAUACCUGUAUUAUGAUAUUUUAAGGGAUAAUAACUUUAGUGAGUUGAUCUCUGAUAAUUUUUGCACUUGAGAAAGCAAAAUUAGCAUGUGAAACAAACUGGUCAUAAAAUUAUCAUAAAGAGAAUAAGAACAUUAUUGAAAACAUUCUGGAACGUAAACUCUGCCUUGCCAUGUGACAUCACACAUCGAGGUGGAGGAUGUCCUUAAAAUUUUUAUAUUUUUCUUGUUUUUCAAAAGAUAUUUGUUACCAGAACAUUUCACAAGUCACUUAUUGCUUUCUUAGGUGUGGAAAUUAUCAGAGAUCAACAUAGAAAGGUUAUUCAGAAUAUAAAAACGAUAGAUCAAAUACUGAUGAACUGUAGUGAUUCUUCAUUUGUCCAUCCGCCAACCACUCAGCUCUCUUACUACAAACUGACCCUAGGUCUCAGUUGCAAGCUUCAAGUGAACAGAGUGCAGCUCCCUUAAAAAAUAGUGGCAAUACUUUAUUUGUUUAACCAAUAAUUUAAACUUACAAAUUACUGUAGUGGUAAUAUUUAUUGAACCAAUAAUGUACACUCAUACAAAUCAUACCUGUAAUGGUAAUAUUUACUGAACCAGUAUUUUUACACUCAGAAAUUAACAUUAUUUUUUGACAUUGUAUGGGGAUAUUUUUCAUUGCUUUACGAGACACAGCUGAUGGGUGUAUGGGUUUUUUCCUGAGCGUACAAGGAAGAAUUAGUGUUUAUCUGUGGAUCACUCAAUGUUAUUGACAAUUUAAGGUGAGAAUUAUACUUUAGUCUACCCAAUGUAGCCAAUAUCCAAUUCUUGGUGAUCCUUUUUCAUUUUUGGAAAACCUUAGGAAAACAGAACCUAAAAGAUAUACUGUACAGGUAUAUAUUUUUUUAGAUCCAUACUUCCAUCUUAAAUCUCUUCUUUGUUCUUGUAAUUAUACCCACACUGACACUGAAUGACAAAAGAUUAAAGAGAAUGUCAUUUAAAAAAUUUUUUAGAUGAUGUAUUGGUGUUAUUUUAUGUUAACAAUAUACAAAGGCUUAAUGUAGAUGAAACUACAAAUAGGAUGUAGAAUAUACUAUAUGGGUCAUACAAGAUAAAUUUGGUCUUAAGGUAAUAAAUUGCAUUUUUAUUACAGUAAAUAUGUACAGUAGUUAUCUUAUCUGAUUAUAUUUGCAGGUGUUUACAGUAUUUAAGAACAAGAGGUGUAUUGAAUCUAAUGAGAAUAGUAUACAGUAUAUGUACUGUACUUCAAAAUAUAACCUUGUCUUAAUGCUGUAUUCCGUAGUGUAUAAGUCAAACUCUGAUAUUUCUUCUUGGAGUAAUGUUUUACUCUACAAAUAUUGCUUUAAAUAUUUUUGUUUAUAAAUGUUUAUUACCUUAAACAAAGAUAAAGUAAUGUAUUAUCAGCAUUUAGUAUCCCUGACUUGACUGAUGAUUAUAAAUCUUAGUCAUAAUAACUUAAAAAUCUUGCAAGGGUCUUGAUAAAUCAGUGAACAUGACAACUCUACCAGGGAAUUUAUCUUGCGAGAUUUUCAAAUAGAUGUGUUCUCAUGCUUAGUUAAUUAUAUUAAUUGUCAUGAUGAGUGUUAGUUGCUUUUUAAUUUAACAAUUUAGAGAUCACUAAAUAUAACAUUAGUAGAAAUUCCUUUACUGUCCAUAUUUUCAUCUCAAUUCUUGUAAGCUGACGUGCAUAAUUAUCAGAUUUUCACCAAAUGAAUUGAACAAGAUUUAUAUUCUUUUACACGGUCUUAGAAUUUAAGGAUUGCUUUUUAUCCAUUCUGGAAUUAGACUUAUAAUUUUACUGUAGCUUAGUUAUUUAUUACCUUUCUCAUUAACAAGAUAACAAAAACAUUAACCUACAAAUAUAUGCAGUUAAAGCAGGAAAUGGAGUGCCUUGAUAGACUAGAUUUUUAUGUAUUUUUUUCUUCAAUUCAGUAAAUUGAACGUCUAAUCAUAUGUAUCGCUAAAGCCAGAAUGAAAUAGUGUGCAGAUGAAUAUACUGUAUUGUAAAGAGGGAUUUAAUUAUUUUUAAAUUUCUUUAACUGCAACAUAGGGCGUUAGCACAAUAUUUCUGUACAUUAACUAUUUAAGUUUUAAGAAAUAUGAAGUUAUGUACAAUAUUCUGUUUUCUUCAAAUUUUAAUUUACAUAAAUUAGUUAACAUGAUACUGUAUAUAACUUAAUUUGCUUACAGUGUGUCAGUGCUUUGUUUUGUUCAACAUCAAAAGAGCCCCAGAAUAAAUAGGCCCCAACUUAACAUAACCUAACCAUUAGGACUGAGCCCCAGUCUUCAUUGUUAGGUUAGACUGGGACCCAUUAGAACAAGUGUGUGUAUGGUUGUCAUCUUUUGUAAUAUCAGUGACCUCCUUAAGAGGUCUGAUAUACUGUUGGUGUUCAUAAUAACAAUAAAUGUUUGAUCACAAAUAUAUGUAAAAAUCAAGUUCUUCUUGAAGGACUCGAGAAUUUACUUAAUUAUAGAUUGUUUUUAAAAUAAUGGUAAUGAUCAUUAUUGUCUGGGGAAGAUUAGUUGAUGUUAUUAUAUAUCACAGUCGGACCUAGCUCACUGCUGGGGAGAGCAGUCCUCAGGCAUGAGUGUGUCUCCAACUGGUGCUGUCUCUCUCGAGAAUGAUCUGUUGGCCCUUUUUAUUGGGUUUUUCUAGGUCACCGUACUUUCACAAAUUGAUCUUAUCUAGGUUAGUUUAUGGUGGCCUGUCCUGUUUACUGUAGACCUGUUCCUGGUUGGAACCCGUACUUACUGCUGGCUGGAGGGCAGCGUUUAUUGGAUUUAUAGGCUCAAAGGGCCAUUUCUCUCAUUAACACGAAGGCGAUAACUCCUUGCCCCUUCAUGUCCCUAAUUGAGUCAGAUCUUCAUCUCAUUUCAUUACUAUAGAGUGGGUCAACUUAGGUAGGUGUUCACCUUCUCCACUAGUUACUUCUAUACAGUAUAUGCUGUUGUUCUGGACUGGCCAGCUUUGGUCUGAUAAACAAUCAUUAUACUGUAAUCUUAUAUGUUACUGUAUGUUUACCUGUUUUUUUAUAAAUCAUUAUGAUUAAAAAUGUAUUGUACUGUAAUGAUGCUAUCCAGUAAUUUUAAACAGCUGUUAGUUUUAAAGAAUCUUGAAAUACAUACAGUACUUUUGCCUGUAGUAUCAUUUACAGUAUUGGGGAAGUUCAGAAAAGGCAUCAUUUUGCCUUUACUUUUUCUCUGAUAUUAUUUGGAGGAGUAUAUUUUGAUUACAGUACUGUAAUACAGUGUAUUGGGUUGAUCUAUGAUGAUUGGUAAUGUUUUUAUAAAAUUCACAAUGAGAAUUACAAAAAUGAAGGGAAUAAUUUUUUGUGGACCAGUGUAUUCAUACAAUUUAAUGCACAUAAGUGUGUACUGUCAACAUUGAUGGUGCUGAACACCCCCUUAUAGAAUAUUUUGUAUGCAUGUGUUUAUCAUACGCUUUAAUUGGAAUUGCUACUUAAAACCAUACAACUUUCUGUAUAUAUAUAUAUAUAUAUAUAUAUAUAUAUAUAUAUAUAUAUAUAUAUAUAUAUAUAUAUAUAUAUAUAUAUAUAUAUAUAUAUAUAUAUAUAUAUUUUCAAAUGCUACUGUACUAUUCCAGAGAAAAAUUAUUAGCUUUUAUUAAUGUUCCUUAUGUUAAAGGUGUUUGGAAGUAAAGCCAGCCUAUUGGUGCUAGUCCCUUACAUGACAUCAUAGUGUUAUCAUAACAGUUUUUAUUUUAAUGCAUCAGUUUGCACAAAUCCUUCUGGCAUAGUAUUAUGCAUUAUCUAGUCGCAGUUUAUGUACUUUUAAAGUUUUAAGUGUAUCGUGAAGACUUUAAAUAAAUUGUCUUAAAAUC